AUGAGGUGGGUGCCGUUAGUGCUCCUGCCGUUGAUCGCCUCGGCCGGAUCCACGUAUCAACAUCGGCAGACUUAUUCCAGCCUACAAUGCCGAGUCAACGAUCCUCUAUCAUGUAAUCAGGCAAAGAGUGAGGUAUGCGUCUUCGUGAAUGGCCAAUACCGUUGCGAGUGCCCAGUCGGAGUCUCCCGUCUUCCCGAUGGUCGUUGUAUGGUAGUCAAUGAAUGUGCCCGUCCCUCCCUAAACGCUUGCCACAAAGAUGCUCAAUGUAUCGAUCUCGCUGAAGGAUACACCUGCCGUUGUAACUCUGGCUUCGCUGACACCUCACCAGACAAGGUCAACAAACCAGGACGUCAGUGUCAAAAGACAAUGAACGAGUGUGGUGCCAAAUCCACCUAUGGAGUGGAUUGCGAUGAGAAUGCAGCCUGUGUCGAUACUCCAGAAGGCUUCCAAUGUGUCUGCCAACCUGGCUACGUAGAUGUCUCCACCUCCAUCUCCAAACUCCCAGGAAGAAAAUGCGUCGAGUCUGUAAACGAGUGUACCAAUGGAGAAGCCGACUGUUCUAACAACGCUGACUGCUUCGAUCGUGCCGAUGGUUACGAGUGCAAGUGUCGCCCAGGAUUCGUUGACGCCUCACCAAACGUCGACAAAUACCCAGGAAGAGUGUGCAACAAGCCAAAGGCUCCAGAAUACUACGGACAACAAAGUCGCCAGCCCCAAUGCUCCGAAGGAUCCGGAUGCGGACCAAACGAGGAGUGCAGAUUCAACACCGCAGGAGAGAAAGUGUGCCAGUGCCGUCGUGGAAGUGUCCAACAAUCCAACGGAGUCUGCAAGGUCUUCAGCCAAUGUGAACAGGCCAAUGAAUGCGAUCGCAACGCCUUCUGCUCAAACACCUAUGACGGACCAAAGUGUCAAUGUAAGGAUGGAUAUCUAGAUGUCUCCCCGGAUCCAGUGAGACUUCCCGGAAGAAAAUGCCAACAGAUAAAGAAUGAAUGUGCCGAUGGCUCUCAUGACUGCUCUCAUCAGGCCGAUUGUCAAGAUACACCAACUGGAUACAUAUGUAGUUGCAAAUCCAACUGUAUUGAUGUCUCUUCAAGAUACAAUCUGCCACCAGGAAGAAAGUGUAGUGUUGCUGCCAAUCAAUGCUCUGACAAAUCUCUCAACUCUUGCGACGAGAACGCCGACUGCGUUCAACUUCCCGACGGAUACACCUGCAAAUGCUUCUCCGGAUAUGUCGACGUCUCCUCCAAUGCCAACCUUCCACCUGGUCGUGUUUGCACCUUGUCCACCGCUUGCCCAGCCCAGCCCACUGACUUGGUCUUCUUGAUCGAUGGAUCCGGAUCGAUUGGAUCCUAUGUGUUCCAAACGGAAGUGCUCCGAUUCUUGGCCGAGUUCACUGAGCUUUUCGAUAUUGCACCACAAAAGACCCGGGUGUCAGUUGUCCAGUAUUCGGAUCAAAUCCGUCACGAGUUCGGAUUAGACAACUAUUCGGAUAGAAAGAGUCUUCAAAACGCCAUCAGAAACAUUGAGUACCUUACCGGUCUCACUAGAACCGGAGCCGCUAUUGAGCAUGUUGCCAAUGAGGCAUUCAGUGAGAGAAGAGGUGCCAGACCAGUUGGACAAGUCUCAAGAGUCGCUAUUGUGAUCACUGAUGGAAGGUCCCAGGACAACGUCACUCGUCCCUCCAACAACGCUCACAAACAAGACAUCCAACUUUUCGCAGUAGGAGUCACCAACCACGUUCUUGAUGCCGAACUUGAGGAGAUCUCCGGAUCUAAAGACCGAACCUUCCACGUAUCUGGAUUCGAAGAUUUGAAUACCCGCCUUCGCUCAGCCAUCCAACGUGUCGCCUGCCCACAUCAAAACAACGAAGACACCUACAACAAGGGACCAUGUGAUCCAAGAAAUCACAAUGGUUGUGAUAGAUCUUUGAACCAAGUCUGCCAACAGAAGAAUGGAAAGUUUGUGUGCGUUUGCCCGGCUGGAUUCGACAUCCACCCAGUUACCAAGGUGUGUGGAGGAGAUAUUUGUAAUCCAGAGAUUGCCACGUCAUGCCCGGAUCCGGAGAUUUGCGAGAAGACGCCAUUUGGAAACUGGAGAUGCACAUGCCCAGCGGAUUUGGGAUGGAGAGACAAGUUCACUGGAGUUUGUAAAAUCGGUGAGAAAGCCCCCGAAACAUCCGAAAGCACUGACGAAUGCUCACCAAACGACAUCCACAGCUGUCCACCAAACUCCAAGUGCGAGAAAGGAGCCGGAGGAGAGUUCAUCUGUAAAUGUGACGCUGGAUUCCAACGAAACGGCCGCACCAACAAAUGCGAAGCACCAGGAACCUGUGACCCAAGAAUGCCAGAAUCUUGUGAUGCCAGAAAGAAGGAGAAGUGUCUUCCAGAUGGCCGUGGAGCCUUCGCAUGCAUGUGUGAUAGACACCAUAAGAGACAUCCAGUCACUGAUAUUUGCUUGAUCGAUGAGUGUGCCGCUGGAGUCGCUGAUUGCGAUCCAAACGCCAAGUGCACAGACACUGAUGAGUCGUUCAUCUGUACUUGUAAUGAAGGAUUCUUAGACAAGUCGCCAGAACAGAACAAGAAGCCUGGACGUGUUUGCUCAAAGCAACGCAACGAAUGCCUCGACGGAACUCACAACUGCUCCAUGAACGCGGACUGUAUCGACUUGCCAGAUGGAUUCCUUUGCCGAUGCAAAGAAGAUUUCGUCGACAUCUCACCUAAUCCAAGCGCCUUCGGAGGACUUGACUGCAGAGCUCUCGUCAACGAGUGCUUGAUUCCGGGAGGACACAACUGCCAUGAACAUGCCAUCUGUAUUGAUACCCGGGAUUCUUACAAGUGUCAGUGCAAGGAAGGAUAUGUUGAUCAUGAUGAGCUUCGCAAUCCAGGAAGAACUUGCAAGAAGUUGAACCAAAUCUGCGAAUCUGGCAAACACGAAUGCGACAAGAACGCCAGAUGCGUCGAGAAGGGUGCCAACGACUACGAAUGUGUCUGUAACGCUGGAUUCAUCGACAAGAGUCCAUUGGUCCAUCGUCCAGGACGUAAAUGCGUCGAGCCAAUCUGUUCGGACGACUCGAAACACGACUGCCACUCUGCUGCAAUCUGUGAGGAGAAUGAUUCAGUUCCAGAGAAGUACACCUGCAAGUGUCGCGAUGGAUACCUCGAUGUCGGAUCAGUGAUGGGCGGUGGAAAGGCUGGAAGAGAAAAGGAACUUGUCAACGAAUGCCUCUCAUCCUCCCUCAACUCCUGUGAUGCUGCUGCCACCUGUAUCGAUUUGGAUGAUGGAUACACCUGCAAGUGUCCAUUGGGAUCCAAGGAUGAGUCUCCAGACCCGAAGUUGCCGGGAAGAUCCUGCAAGGGAUUGGUGAAUGAGUGCAACAUUCCACACCUCAACAACUGCUCCCACUUCGCCACUUGUAUAGAUUUGGAAGAGGGAUACGAGUGCAAGUGCAAACCAGAAUACUACGAUCAGCAACCAGAACAACCGGGAACUCAAUGCAAAUUCAUUAUCAAUGAAUGCUUGGCUGAGAAUCUCAAUGACUGUAGUCCAAAUGCAAUGUGUAUUGAUAAGAUUGAUGGUUACGAGUGCAAGUGCAAGGCUCCAUUUGAGGACAUGAUGCCAGCCAAUGCUGGAAGAAUCUGUAGAUUCGAUGAGUGCGCCAAUCCAAAGGAUAACGAUUGUGAUAAGAACGCUAUCUGUAUCGAUACUGAUGAUUCCUACACCUGUCAGUGUAAGGAAGGAUUCUUCGAUGAGAUUUCCGAUCCGAAGAAGCCGGGAAGAGUUUGCAUUGGUCUCGUCAUCGAAGCACCAAACCAAGCCGAAGACCCAACGACACCCGAUCCAAACACCAUCAAAUGCGGUAACGGACUCUGCCAUCUGAACCUCGGAGAAGUCUGUGUGGGCGGAGCCACCUGCGCUUGCAGACCAGGAGAAAGCCGUGAUAAUGAUAAGGAGAAGUGUGUGCCAGUGACAUCGAUACCUUUGGUUGUGCGAGUGAUGGAGUAUGAUGGAGAACCAAUUCAGUAUAGAACCGAUUACUCGAAACCAGACACUCCGGCUCAUGUGGAAAUUGUGGAUGCUGUUAAGAAGAGCGUUGGAAAGAUCAUUGGCAAGACUGAGUUCGCUCCACGAUUCGUCACCACCGAUGUCAACUACAUUACCAAUCCAAAGGUCAAAAAUAGCGAUUGGGAUAAGGGACUUCUUGGAAACGUCACUGUUCAACUCGCCGGAAAGGAAGACGUCGACAAUUGCAGGCUCUAUGAGCAAUUCGCGGAGGUUGUACGAGAGAUGGGAGGACGUGUGGAUAGAAUCAAAUUGUCGGAUGACGCAGACUUGGAUCCAUGCAGAAAGGAAGAUGUGAAGAAGGGAAUUCCAUGUGGAAACACCUUCUGUUCCAUUGAGCUUGGAGAGGAAUGCAUUGCUGGAAGAAUCUGUGGGUGUCCAAAGGGACAGAAGAGAAGAGAUGCUAGCAGUCCAUGCAGAGCAGUUGAGUCCUGGAAUAUUCCACUCUAUGUGGUCCGUGAUGGACAUGAGAAGAUCACCUACUCUCCAGCUUUGUCUAAUCCUCUGAAUGACGAACAUAAGGAUUUGGUGACACGAUUUGAGUCGGGAAUCGGACAGAGUUAUGAUAAGACGCCACUCAAGAGCUCGUUUGUUACUGCCGAAGUCAAUGAGAUUGAGAAUCCAGAGAGCAGAAAGAAGUCGUGGGAUACUGGAAUCUUGUACAACUUCACUUCGCAUUUCGUGAGAGGAGGAGUCGCCGAGCCAUCUAGUGUGUUCACUGAGCUCAUUGAUUAUAUUCAAAAGAGAAAUAACAUGGAGGUCGGAAAGUCGAAGCUCUUCAUCUCCCCAGAACAACUCAAUCCAUUCUCGACAUGCUACCACUCGGACUGCCAUCCAGAUGCCAUUUGCAAAGAAGUCGGAAAGGGCUACACAUGCACUUGUCCAGACGGCUUCCGUGACUUGAAUCCAUCUCGUCCGGGAAGAAACUGUCUGUCGUUCCGUGGUGUCAACGAGUGUGAGAAGCCAGAGCUCAACGAGUGCUCUCCACAUGCCAGAUGUAUCGAUUUGGAUUAUUUGUACAAGUGUGAAUGCAUCCGUCCUUACGUCAAUUCUGCCCUAGGAGAUGCCCUUCCAGGAUCCGUCUGCUCUAUCGACUACUGCCAAGACGUUAACUAUUGUCCACUGAACUCCACUUGCGUCAAUGUCGACGAGCAGGCUCGUUGCGACUGCAAACCUGGAUUUGUGGAUCUCCGUAAAUCAGAGCAAUUGUCGACUGCCGGACUUGGAGAUGCCAUUUGCCUUAGAAAGUUUGAUAUCGAUGAGUGCGCAUUGGGACUUCACAACUGCUCGGCGGCUGCCACGUGUAUUGAUAAGAAGGAUGGAUAUGAGUGCAAGUGUCAAGAAGGAUACGAAGACGGCAACCCAGCACUCCCUGGCCGAAUCUGCGCCGCCCAACUCUGCGGUCUGUGCAACGGACAUGGAGACUGUAUCCAUGACGCACAAUCCGCCAAUGUCACCUGCGCCUGCCUUGACGGCUACACUGGAGAAUUCUGUCAGACUGCUCCAUCGCAGCUUCCAUUGAUCCUUAUGCUUCUUCUCGCUCUCCUCUUCCUCCUUCUCACUCUCCUCUGCUGCUUGUACAUGUGUGCCAGAUGUCGAUGCUUCGGAGCACGUGGACGAUCUGAAGGUUCUGCAAGUGGUCAGGAGAUUCUGGGAUCGGAUUACUACACAAUUCCACGUGCCAAAUUGGCUAGACCACUGUAUGGAGAUGAGAUGGGAGAUGAUCAUGCUGGAGCUCUGGCUGCUUAUUUGGAUGAUGGAGCGUCAAUUUCAUCGGACGGAAGUAUUGAGGAGAUCGAGAGAAGAGUCACGACUGAUGUGACGACUAGAGAAGUUAGAACGACAACUGUCAGGGAUGAGAGUGGAAAUAUUAUUAGCCAGAGUCAGACGGUCUCACACGGAAAUCCACACGAAACCGACACUGAACAAUACGGAAUGAUCUCAUCGGAUCACUACAAGACCUCAGCUUCUGAAGCCAUGGACGCAGCCAUGUCCGCAUCGGCUUCUGGAGCCGCCUAUCAGCGGAGGGGCGGAGCAAUGAGCUCGUCAGCCACCAGUUCCGCAUACAACCAAGGAUACGCGUCGGAUUCCGAGGAUUCCGAUGCUGGACAUGCUGUCUAUGAUAGGACGACAAGAACGAAUCAGUCCCACGACUUCGAGCCAGGAGCAGACCCUCGAACCGGAACCGAACGGACGAAGCGUGAAUUCGUCACGAGUACCAAGGCCGAAGAAGUCAACUAUUUCUAA